ACGAAUCUUCUCAAGCCAACAAGCAGCAUUCGCUUAAAAAAAUCCAACCAAAAUGUUCAAAUUCAUUGCUGUCAUCGCUCUCCUGGUUGCCACCGCCAGUGCUGGUCUGAUCGAGACCCACCAUGUGGUGCAUGAGCCCGUCCUGGCCAAGGUGGGAUCGGUGGUGCACUCUUCUCCCUCGGCGGUGUCCCACCAGAGCAUCACCCAAGUUCACAGCAAGGCAGUGGUGCAGCAAGUGGUUGCCCCCAUCGUGAAGACCACCACCUACACCCAACCCGCCGUGGCUGUCCAUGCUGCUCCAGUCGUUCACUCCGUUCCUGUUGUCCAUGCCGCUCCUGUCGUCCACUCUGUCCACUCCGUUCCCGUUGCCCAUGGCGCUCCAGUCGUCCACUCCCUCCACUCCGUGCCGGUGGCCUACACCCUUCACCACUAAUCCU